UGUGUAUGUGCGCCCGCGCGUACGUGUGGACGCGCUUGUUUUUUUCCUCUUUUUUUUUUAAAUCAUCCGUUUCUUUUAUUUUUUGCUCUUUAUUUGUUGCUCGCACGUUGACACCCGCGCUAUUGCUCGUUGCUAACAUGCUAACCCGAACACGUCGGGCCCGAUUAGAUAACCUCAAUUUAAACGCCACUUUUGUGUAUGGUCCUUAACACACUGUUGUCAUUUCAAGAAUAUUAUUGGAAUUUGGAGCGAAUAGCCUUUUAAAACGAAUGUAGUUCAAUGUAAAAGCACUUACAUUUACGGAUACUUGAGGCCACACGUUGCUAAUAGGCUAAAAAUAAUCUGCAUUCUGAACAUUUGACUGGUUUGACAUUACUGACUUUGGCUAUUCGGUAUACCGCACGAGUUAAAAUAUUUCAUACUCGGUGUGUCAUUGAUAAACGACGCACAAUUGGGCUUUUAAAACAUGUUCAAAACAACAAUAGUUUCAUAGGGUGUUGAUAACCGUUUAAUUGUGCUUUGUUUUUAACAGGACUUUCUUAAAAUUGUGUCCCAAACUUCCUCUUUUUUUUUUUUUUGUUCCUUGACCCUUUUGUGACUCUUGUGCCUUUUAUCUUUUGGUGUGUUGCACAGAAGCCUCACUGUUGUCACUGGGUGACAAAUGUCAAUAGCGUUGCAGGGCCGAUUUUUAGAUCAGCGUGAUCGGGGCGGGAAUUCCCGGCCAGGAAUAAUGGAAGAUUCUCAUUUUAACUCAUCCUAUUUCUGGUCUCCCAUCCCCACUGUGCCUGGACAGCUGGAGAAUGCCGUCUUCCUGAACAAAGUGAAAGAACAGCAGGAAAAGAGCGCCUCCUUCCCGCCUUCCUCGGCGUCGCACUACCAAACGACGCUGCUCACCAUCCCCACGCCGGGAGGCAAGACAGAUGGCGGCGGGCACCCCCCCGGCACCUCCCACCUGCACCCGCCGCACAGCAGCCAGAACAUCACCGUGCUGCCAGUCCCCUCCACGGGCAUCAUGACGGCAGCGGGACUGGUCAUCACGACUCCCCAAGGAACCUUGGUGUCUCCCACGUCCUCGCAGUCCUUUGUGUCCACGCAUCCGACCACCAUGAUUGUCUCCGCCGUUCAUUCUCAAGACAAAAAAGAAGACGGUACGCCCCACGUUGUGGUAAUGCCAGCGCCGUCCAAGCGAGGCCGCAAGAAGAAGAGCAUGGUGGGAGCGGGCAACGAAACGGUCAUACUGGCUCAGCUCAGCGCUGGCGGACAGGUGACCUCUUUGCAUCACCACACGCGGGAUCCGUACGACGUGUCCAAUGAGGACGACGAGCCCGGGCUGAAGGACAGCACGAAAACCUACAGGUGCCGGAUGUGCGCGGCGACCUUCUUCAGUAAGUCUGACAUGCAGAUCCACUCCAAGUCGCACACAGAGGCCAAACCUCACAAGUGUCCGCACUGCGCCAAGUCGUUCGCCAACUCCAGCUACCUGGCGCAGCACAUCCGCAUCCACAGCGGGGCCAAGCCUUACACCUGCUCCUACUGCCAGAAAUCAUUCAGGCAGCUCAGUCACUUACAGCAGCACUCACGCAACCACACGGAGUCGAAGCCUCACAAGUGUCCCCAUUGCACCAAGUCCUUCGCCAACUCCAGCUACCUGGCCCAGCACCUCCGCAUCCACACGGGCGUGAAGCCCUACACCUGCUCCUAUUGCCAGAAAUCAUUCAGGCAGCUCAGUCACCUACAGCAGCACAACAGGAUUCAUACCGGAGAUCGGCCGUACAAGUGUACGCACGCUGGAUGUGAGAAAUCCUUCACGCAGCUCUCCAAUUUACAGUCCCAUCGACGUCAGCACAACAAAGACAAACCUUACAAGUGCUCCAACUGCAACAAAGGCUACGUGGACGCCGCCAGCCUGGAGGUGCACAUGUCCAAACACACGGUCAGGCAUGCCCGGAUCUACUCGUGCGGCCUCUGCAACCGCACGUACACCUCAGUAAGACCAAUAUGCAUUUGUGAAGAGAAUUCCCAGUGGCCUCAGUGGUGCCACACGCCUGCCAGCUACUUUACACCGUAUAGUCACAUGUCCGCUGUCUCCCCUCUACCCUCACCCCAGGAGACGUAUCUUGUGAAACACAUGGAGAAACACGGCCAAGAGCAGUUGAAUGCUUCGGACGCCGUGGCGGCGCAGCAGAGCCAAAGCCAGGCGGCCCGCGCUCAGUCCGGAGCUCGGGGCCAGGCGGAAAGCUCAGAAGGCGCGACAAGCCGAGCCGGACACGGCCAAGGCGGCUACGGCCAGCCGGACGCCAUGCCCUGUCCCUUUGACCUGCACCAGUACAAGACGGUGUCGGCAGGAGACAUCCAGUACAAACCCGUCGGCGUGUCGGACAUUCCCUCCCACAAGGACCUCUGUCUAACUGUGUCGUCUUCCAGUAUCCAAGUGGAGCACCUCAACUCGUAAAAGACGGAGGCGGGGGG